AUGCCUAUGAUCCAGCAGCCCGCGAACCAAAUCAAAUUGACAAAUGUCUCCCUUGUAAGGUACAAAAAGGGGAAGAAGCGCUUCGAACUGGCCUGCUACAAAAACAAACUCCUCGAAUAUCGCUCAGGAACCGAGACUGAUCUCGACAAUGUCCUCCAAGUCCCCACCAUCUUUCUCAAUGCUUCCAAAGGCGAGACUGCUCCGAAUGCCGAACUCUUGAAGGCAUGGCCCCACCCUCUCAAGCCGGAUGCCAUCAUCGAGGAAAUUCUGAAAAAGGGUGAGAUUCAAGUCAACGCCAACGAACGCAAAGAACUCCUUGAUCGGAUGGAAAGGGAGAUUGUCGAAGAAAUCGCCCAGAGACUUGUUGACCCCCAAACCAAACGAGUAUAUACCACCGGCAUGAUCAAGAAGGGCCUCGAUGUCUUAUCCAAACAGGGUCCUGUACUCCCCAAGGGAUCCAGCGAAACAAGUGGCCAGGCAACUCCUAUGACCGAUACUGAUGUCGAAUCAACUGGGACCCCAAAAGGCAAGAAGAGCGAUACUCCCAUGUGGACCGGUGUCGUUACAACAAAAUCUGUCAAGCAGCAGGCACUCGAUGCUAUCCGCGCCUUGAUCACCUGGCAACCCAUACCCGUCAUGCGUGCCAGGAUGAGACUACGUAUCACUUGCCCCACGAACAUCGCCAAGCAAGUCCCAAAAUCCAGGAUAGCCGGUGCUGGGGACGACCCCGAGGUUGAUCAGGGCAAAGGCACCAUCAAAGAUCGGAUUCUUUCUUUCGUUGAGCAAAUCGAAAGUCAGGAUGUUUUGGGUGAGGAAUGGGAAGUCGUUGGUUUCGUCGAACCAGGCGCCUUCAAGGCCUUGGGAGAAUUCUGUUCUGCUGAAACCAAAGGUCGAGGAAGACUCGAGGUACUGGACAUGGCAGUUACACACACUGAUGAUUGA